GAGCUAAAAGCUCAAAGCACAAAGUUUAUUCCGUCUCCUUAAAACCUCUUCAACUUCACAUAUUCCGUCUCCUUUCCCAACUAGAAACAUUUUAAAAGGAGGAAGAAGAGAUUCAAUUUUCUGUUUUAUUCCUCUAUAGCACUAUUUGUUAACCAGUUUUUAUUUAUCUAUCUAGUUCAUCAAUGGAGAGUGAACGAGGAAACUCUACAGAAAACAAAAAACCAAAUGAAUUGGUGUCCGUCGAAAAUCCAAAGUCUGACUUGUCCUUCCGUUACGUAUUGAUAUUUUUUCAAGAAUAUUACGCACCUGGGUUUCUCAAGAAGGUGAUAGCGGAGGUAAUUGCGACGUAUCUAUUGGUGUUUGUGACGUGUGGUGCUGCUGCAAUUAGUGCGAGCGACGAACACAAAGUGUCGAGGCUUGGAGCUUCCGUUGCGGGUGGACUCAUUGUGACAGUCAUGAUAUAUGCUGUUGGACAUAUCUCUGGUGCGCAUAUGAAUCCUGCUGUUACCUUUGCUUUUGCCGCCGUUAGACAUUUCCCAUGGAGACAGGUACCACCGUAUGCAGCAGCACAACUUACAGGAGCGACCUCGGCUGCAUUCACUCUACGGGUAUUGCUUCACCCAAUAAAACAUGUGGGAACUACAACUCCUUCAGGCUCAGACAUUCAAGCUUUAAUCAUGGAAAUUGUGGUCACCUUCUCUAUGAUGUUCAUCACCUCAGUCGCCACUGAUACCAAAGCUAUCGGUGAGCUGGCAGGCAUGGCAGUUGGUUCGGCUGUAUGCAUUACUUCUAUCUUGGCGGGGCCGGUGUCAGGAGGAUCAAUGAACCCAGCUAGAACCAUUGGACCUGCAAUGGCUAGCAACGAUUACCGAGCAAUAUGGGUGUAUAUAAUCGGUCCUGUUUGUGGAACAUUACUUGGGGCAUGGUCCUAUAAUUUCAUCAGGGUCACUGACAAACCAGUCCAUGCAAUAGCACCAGGACAGUCAUUCUCGUUUAAACUUCGAAAAAUGAAGAGCAAUGAUGAAGAACAAGGCGUAUAA